AUCCAGACUUAUUUUUACCAUUUCCUUUACUCCUGGAAAACGACAUUCAGUUCAAUUCAACUUUAAUGUCAGAAAAAACAUCAUUACAGACACACAACACCUCCUGUGUUUGGGACUGAGUCAGAAUAAACUACAGUGUUCACGGUGAUGGUUUACUGGUUUCACCUCUUGUGUGUCUCAGGUGUCGGCGUUGCUCUGUUGUACGCCGCCACCCUCACCAUCACCUGUCUGUACUUUGACAAGAAGAGAGGCCUGGCCCUGGGGAUAGGGACCACAGGUGCGAGCGUGGGCAGCUUCCUGUACGCCACGCUGCAGCACGAGCUCGCCGAGCUGUUUGGCCUGGAUGGCAGUCUGCUGGUCAUCGGAGCGCUGGCGCUCAACGGGGUGGUGUAUGCCGGCCCCAUGACCUUUGGCCCCGCCCAGAAGACAGUGAAUCAGUUUUUCAGCAUCACAUCAGGCCGAGACGCGUCGAGCUUUGGUCGUGUGCAUUUAUUGAUGCUGCUGAUGUGAGUUUGAGACUUGAAUCCAAAAUGACUCAAAUUCCUCAAUUCAGAUUUGAUCAUUGUCAUGAUGUGAUGAAGAAAGAGUGAGAGCUCUGGUCUUCAGAUAUACAUCACACUUUGGGGCAAAUAAAACUCAUCAUUUAACUUUACCAACAUGUUUUUGGCAGUCGAGUAGGUUGUAAGUGAGGUCAAACCCUGAGGGCUCCACUGAGCUCGUCCUGGACGUCCCCGGACAAAGGGCUUUUAUUUGUUCCAGAGAGGACGGCGAGUUUGCAGCCUGUGCGCCGAGGCUCUGAAUCAGUGAACUCUUUUUAUUCCCCCAUUAAAACCAACACAUUCUCAUCUCAAUGUAUCAUAACUGACAAAGCGUAAGGAUUUUACGCUAAAGGUACCCUUCAGCGUCCGUAUGAAACGCCCCCGUUUGCUACGUUGCAGCAACACAAGGGAGGCUAACCCUACCUCUUAGCACAUCAGCUGGUUAACAUGCUUAAAUUCAGUGACUUAGGUUUAGGCACUAACAUUUCUGAUGGUUGUGGUAAGGGUACGGGCUUCAGGGGGCUGUCAACACCUUUAUCAAGAACGUAGCUACCGCUAGCUAGCUAGCACUUCCGGUCUGUACGGGACGCCCCAGAGCGUCUCACUCAGUCAAAUAACUACACUUUGUCCCUCUUUCUCAAAUCGUCGGUAUAUGACGCCCUGAGAUGAGAACUGGCUCAAAACG